CGCAGCAGACAGACGAUGGUCUCGGUCUCGUGCUCGGCAGCAGCAGCAGGUCAUGUCCGCGCGGCGGGAGACCUGCGCGCGUGUCACCUUCAGCGGAGCAGCGGGAAGUGCAACGACGCCGGCUCGACCUCCUGAGGCAGGGAUGGCCGGGGAGGCGUGUCCUCACAAGCUUGGAUCCACCAAUCACCUGCGACUCCUGCUCUACAUCCUGAUUCCCACUGUGAGCCUGCUGGCCGCCCUGCUGCUGCUCGUCCUAGCCCUCACUGGGAUAUUUGGCGGCAGCCUCUUGGCCUCCAGCCCCCUCUCGUCCCCCGAGCCCAUCGUCGACAGCUACAGCUGCAACAGCACAAAUCCCCCCCCCACCUUUGAGGUGGAGAGCACCACCUCCUCGCUCAGACAACAUGGCGGCAGCGGCGGCGAAGACGAUGACGUCACGCACCAAGGCAAGAGCACACCUGCUGUGGCUGCCAGCACUGCCCCGCCUUCCUCAUCUCCGGCCACGCCCACUCUGCCCUUCACAACGCCUCCUGAUUGGCUGACAUCUGUGACAGCGCUAAGCUCUGCCUGGCCCAUUAGCACCACCGCCACACCGGACACAGGCAGCUGUCAGCUGAUCGCGGAGCCGCAUUGCCACAUGCUGCCCUACAAUCAAACAUGGAUGUUCUCCUCCGUGGCCGUGGUGAAGAGCUCGGAGGUGGAAAUGCUGCUAAGGUUCUUCAGCUACCUCAGCCGACUCUCCUGCUACAGACACAUCAUGCUGUUCGGCUGCUCGCUGGCGCUGCCCGAGUGCAUCGCCGCCACCGACAGCUCGCACAACAGACAGGUGGUGUUACCCUGUGCGUCAUUCUGCGAGGCGGCGAGGGAAGGCUGUGAGCCUGUCCUCCAGAUGUUCAACGCCUCCUGGCCCGACUUCCUGCGCUGCUCUCAGUUUAGCAAUGGCACCUCCAGGCCACCAUCACCACCUCCAUCAUCACCACCUCCAUCAUCAUCAUCAACAUCAUCAUCCUCACCGUCAACGUCCACGCCCUCACCGACAGCAGGCCUGGCCCCUUUCACCUGCUACAUGCCGCGACAGAUCAAAGGGAAACCAUCUGUGUGCGGUGCGAAUGACCACUUCCUCUGUACGACCGGAAUCUGCGUCCCACAGAAACUGGUGUGUAACGGCUACAACGACUGUGACGACUGGAGCGACGAAACGCACUGCGUGUGCACAGAGGGAGAGUUCCGCUGUAACACUGGUCGGUGUCUCUCGCCCGCUCUGGUGUGCGACGGUUAUGACGACUGUGGAGACAUGAGCGACGAACUCGACUGUGUGUGUGACCUGGCUCGUGAGCAUCGUUGUGGUGACGGUCGUUGUGUGUCCAGAGACUGGUUGUGUGACGGAGACCACGACUGUCUGGACAAGUCCGACGAGCUCAACUGCUCCUGUAAGAGUCAGGGUCUGCUGGAGUGUAAGAACGGUCAGUGUAUUCCGUCUGCGUUUCGUUGUGAUGGCGAGGACGACUGUAAAGACGGCAGCGACGAGGAGCACUGCAGCAAAGAGCAGACUCAGGGCGUGUGUGUUCCUGGUCAGCCCAGCUGUAUCUCCACUCCCUGUCCGUCUGUGUGUGUGGGGGGCAGCACCAGCUGUGACCUCCGAAACAACAACUGCACUCGCUGUGAGCCCAUCACCCUGGAGCUGUGCAUGAACCUGCCCUACAACCUGACCAGUUUCCCAAACUACCUGGGUCACCUGUCGCAGAGAGAGAGCUCCGUGUCCUGGGAGUCCUCGCUGUUCCCCGCCCUCGUCCAGACCGGCUGCUACCAGUACCUCAUGUUCUACGCCUGCACGCUGCUCGUGCCCAAGUGUGACCCCGUCAGCCGGCAGAAGGUCCCGCCCUGCAGGUCGUUGUGUCGUAACGCAAAGGAAAAGUGUGAGUCGGUGCUUGGCAUUGUGGGUCUGCAGUGGCCCGAGGACUCGGACUGUAGCCAGUUUCCAGAGGAGGGAGGAAACGCCACCUGCCUGCUGCCGGAGGCCGGCGUCCACGAGUGCUCCCCCAGCCACUUCAAGUGUCGGUCUGGUCGCUGCGUGUUGGCGUCCAAACGCUGCGAUGGACACCUGGACUGUGAUGACCACAGUGACGAGGACAACUGUGGCUGCUCAGAGCGCUCUCUGUGGGAGUGUCCAGGCAGCAACGUGUGCAUUAAAGCCAGUAUGAUAUGUGAUGGCUUCCCAGACUGCCCCCUGCUGGUGGACGAGGCCAACUGCUCUGUGUGCAGAGACAACGAGCUGUCCUGUAACAACCAUCAGUGUGUCCAUCGCACACUGUGGUGCGACGGAAAGAGACACUGUUCAGACAGCUCAGACGAAUGGGACUGUGUGUCUCUGUCCGAUCGACCAGGUUCAGUAUUGACGGUGUUCAGGACGGCAGCCGAGUAUCAGGUCUGUGCAGACGAGUGGAACCACGAGCUGAGCAAACUGACCUGUGACCAGCUGGGACUAGGGGUUCCCUCCUCUGUGUCCAUGGUAGCGGAGCAGCCUGGAGUCCCGGGCCGCCGGCGCUGGUUACACGUCCAUCCUGACUGGAACCUGAGGAACAGUUCUUCUCUGCAGGCCCGACUGGAGAAGAGAAGUCACACGUGUCAUUCCAGGAGGAGAGUUUCUGUGUUCUGUGACAGAGAAGAGUGCGGGGUUCGUCCAACUGUGGGCCUCUACCCCCACAGGAAGAAGAGGAUCCUGGGAGGACGGGUUGCCCGGCGGGGGGCGUGGCCUUGGCAGUGCUCGCUGCAGAGCGGGCAGAGUGGACACGUGUGCGGCUGCGUCCUCAUUGGCCGGCGGUGGGCUCUGACCGUCGCACACUGCUUCGAGGGGAGGGAGAGCGCCGACCUGUGGAAGGUCGUCCUGGGCCUCAACAACCUGGACCAUCCGGGCGUCCACAGCCAGAGCCGCGGGGUGCGCGCCAUCAUCGUACACCCGCGCUACAACCGGGCGGUGGUCGACUACGACAUCAGCGUGGUGCAGCUGGACUCUGAGGUGGAGGAGACGGCGUUUGUCAGGCCGGCGUGUCUUCCUCAGCCCGGGCAGCUGCCGUCACCGGACUCCUACUGUUACAUCUCCGGCUGGGGUCACAUGGGCAACAAGAUGCCCUUUAAGCUGCAGGAGGGGGAGGUCCGGAUCAUCUCUCUCUCUCAGUGUCAGUCUUACUUCGACAUGAAGACCAUCACUCCCAGGAUGCUUUGUGCCGGUUACGAAGCUGGAACCGUCGACUCCUGCAUGGGCGACAGUGGCGGUCCGUUGGUGUGCGCGGAGGAGGCCGGGCGCUGGACGUUGUUCGGCCUGACGUCGUGGGGAAGCGUGUGCUUCAGUAAAGUGCUGGGACCUGGAGUCUACAGCAACGUGACUCACUUCACCCCCUGGAUCCAACAACAGAUCUACAUCCACACAUACCUGACCGACUGACACACACACAGACACACACACACAAACACACACAACAAGAGCGCUUUCAUUCCAGGAGGAAGUGAUGUCAUUGUCCGUCGCACACACCUUCAGUUCCUCCACCUGUGCCUCUAACUUUCCUGAUAGCCUUCAGAUGCUAACUGCCGUACGACCACUCGUUGACUAGUUGAGCUGUUGUUGUUAACAAGUAAACAUCACAUUACACACUUAUUCUAUUAUUUCAGUAUUACCACGUAUGGAAGCAAAACAAGGACAAAAAAACUCAGAUUGAAUAAACUUCCACAUACCAACUGUGAAUUUACAGAUUGUUAAAUAUUUAAUGUUGGAAUUUAAAUUUGAUGAAUAUUUAGUAAUUAAAUGUUUAGAUUAUUUAGACCAUUGAAAUUUACCCAUGAAAAGUUAAAAGUAAAACAACUAUACUUCAAAUCCAACAUCAAAUAUUAAGUAGUGGAUUAUUUUUAUUUAUUUAAAUUUGAUGAUGGAAUUUAAAUUAAAUACAAAAUGUCUUUGCUUCCAUUAACGUGACAUUAAUUAUAAUUUUAUUCGUAUUUCAGCAACAGCAGUAACUCAGAGGAAAAUCAGCUUCAGUCCAUUGUUGCAUUAAUAUUCUCCAGUGUGUGUAUGUGUGUGAUUUUGUGUGCUUGUGUGUGUCUGCUUCAUCAACACUUUUUAAACUUGAAACUUUACAUCGUUAAAACGUCGUCACAAUGGUCAGACGUUUAGCGCCGACGUCCUCCAAGCUGCUAGCUAAAACAGACCAGCCGAGCACUGACCUCCCACAAUGCUUCACUCUAUAGUGCCUGUACUUCAACCUGUUACCUGUAGGAUGUCGAGCUGUACGAUGUCGUGCUGUUCGUGUGAGUGACACAUAGAAAGGGGUUCUAACGUUGUUUUUUGCUUCUAAACACGCUGGUAACUUUAUAGCUCAACUUUGAUGGACAACAAUUAUCAGUGACCUUUAUUAACACACAUUUUAUUUAACGAUGUGUCGUAUCUGACAUUCACAGCCGUACUAACAUGUACUAACAGAAUAUAAACAGUGGAUCAAUGGUGAAAAACAGACUGUAAUGUAACUGUAAUAUUAAUAAUUAAAUAUGAACAAUCAACAAAAUUAUAGUAAAACACAACUGUUGAGAAAUACUGAAAAAUGAAUAAACCCAAUGUCUUUAUAAACUUAUAAACAGAUAUAAACACGAAUUAUCAAAAAGUAAAGUGUCUGAAUUUAGAAUGUGUAAUUUAAUGUUUAAAGUCAAAACUUAGUUCAAAGAAAAAAAAAGCUAAAUUAGCUUUAACUACUAAUUAACAAAAUCAACUGGCCAAACUAGUUUUAAAAGAAGCCAUGUUUAGAAAGCUAACUUUGCUAACUUUAGCUAUCAGGCUCGCUAACACAAACUAUUAACUGCCAAAUUAGUGCCAGCUAGAAUGUGAAGCACAAUUGUAGCAUAUUGCUAAUGUAGACCAAUGAGGUGAUGUAUUUAAAAUGCUGCCAAAUGUUAGCAGUGAGCUACAUUAACUUUUACGUAGCUGACAAAACAGAGUAUAUUAGCACCACAGCCAACUGCUAAGGUUAUGAAUGAGUCUCUCCCGAAGAGUUUGAUGUGAAUAAAAAAAUGAGUAUUGUGUUAGUUAACUUCAUAAAUGAUCCUCGCAAGUGUUGCGUGGAAACUUCACGCAAGUGUUGCGUGGAAACUUCACGCAAGUGUUGCGUGGAAACUUCAUGAAUUCAAAUUCGCCUAAUUUUUUUAUUGUUUAUUUGAUCCCAUUUAGCUUCUGCUGCAGUUUAAUCUGUGUUAAUUCAAGACAUUUUCACAUUUUACUAGGGCAUCAAAUAUGUCCGUAAUGGAGAUGAUUCGGUCAGGAUGAAGAAAAUUUGAUGGAAAUCCUAAAUUUUUCGUUUUAAAUUUUAAAUUUCGGUGAGAAAGUGGAAUCAGAAACAAAAAUGUAUUAUGGCAACGUAACGCUCCCAGAGUUGCCCGACUCGUUGCCCGACUUGUUGCCCGACUCGUUGCCCGACACGUUGCCCGACUCGUUGCCCGAUGUGUGUGUGUGUUCCAUGCCAACGUCAAACUGACAUCCAGAACAUUCCAAGUGGUCGUCAUCGUUCUGUGUGUUUGGUUUUUUAAGAGUAUUUUUCUACAGCUUUUUGUAUGUCAGGCUUCUUACACCGUGUGUGUGCGUGUGUGUGUGCGUGUCUGUGAACAUGCAUCCAUGUGUUUGGUUGUAUGUGAUUUGGCUUGCGUGUGUGUUUCUGAUGUCACUUCCUGAUUUGGCUUUGUUACCAUGAUGAUGACGAUGAUGAUGAAGAUGUAAUUGUUUGAUGACGUUGGAUUUAAAUCGAAAUGCUUUACGAACUGUAGCCUCUAAUGUUUGUGUAACAGUGAAUAAUUGGUUUGUAUCACAUUGUAUCCCACAAAUAAAAGUAUACACACACACUCUGUCCUGUGUGUGUGACUCACAGUCA